CGCACUCAAAACUGGAUCGUCUCGUGAGCUACAGUGAGCUACAAAUGGCGCCAGGUUCUUCAGCUUUGAAUGCCUUCCUACAAAUGAUAACUGGAUAAAAGCAUGGGAGACUUGAUUGAAUUCUUGAAACAAAGAGAAGUCUCUGAGGAAAUUAUACAGACCUUGGAGAAUGAGAAGAUUGAUGCCAGUGUCAUAAGUCUAAUGACAGAUGAGGAGCUGAAGACUUAUUUGCCAUCAUAUGGUGAUCGUCUAGCAGUAUUUGGAUUUUGCAGACGGAGGGGCAGCAGCCGCAAGUCAGCGCUUUUUGAACGGCUGAAAUCCAAACUGUCCAAAAGAAAAUUAUCUGAAGAGGAUGGCAGUAGUACACGGCAAGAAGAACAUUCCCAAACAACCCAUAAAAGAAAUGCUCUGAAGAGAAAUAGAAAAAUAGAAAUAGGAUGGAUGCAUUAUGAUGAAGACACUGAGGUUUUCAAGCAGGUUAGAGCUAGACGAGGAGGAGGAACAAGAAAAAUAGACAUUUGCAAGGAUGCCAAGAAAAGGGACAUAUUACAGGUUGCAACAGGCUUGUUCUUUCCAGAUGGAGGAAACAUUCAGGGGCCCUUAACAGAUUUCGACUGUGAUCUAAAGGAUUAUCAAGAGAUGAUAGUCGAUGAUGCAUUGACAGUAGGAGAACUUUAUCAUGUCACAAAACUAAAUAUCCUCAGGUUCUACCUCACCACAAAGAAAAACAAAAUGACAGCCUUCAGAGUUCCAGCCCAGGUUUGCAUCCAUCUUCAGAAAUUGAAGAGAGUCCUCAAAACCAAACCUCUUCUUUUACUGUCACUACAGUCCAAACAUCUGCUCCAUUUGAAACAAUCAGCCAUGAUGUGCCAUACAUUGAAGACACUCCAAACGAUAACCUUCCACAAUCUUCCACGCAGUCUCUAAGUGCUAACACUUCUCACAGCAGUGACAUUAUUUUUGUUGGCCCCUUUUCUGACAGUGAGCCAAUA